AGGCUAUUAAUACGGGUGGAGGCGGUAUCUGCAGUUCAGUCACAGAAAGGAAGAACAGCAGAAGCUCAGUCAGACUCCACGACCUCCGAAAUCACAAUGAGGGAAAUCGUGCAUCUUCAGGCUGGACAGUGCGGCAACCAGAUCGGAGCCAAGUUCUGGGAGGUUAUCAGCGAUGAGCACGGUAUUGACCCAACUGGCACUUACCAUGGAGACAGUGAUCUUCAGCUGGACAGGAUCAAUGUCUACUACAAUGAGGCCUCAGGUGGCAAAUACGUGCCCCGUGCUGUGCUUGUGGACUUGGAGCCAGGUACCAUGGACUCCGUGAGGUCUGGACCUUUCGGACAGGUUUUCAGACCAGACAACUUUGUUUUCGGUCAGAGUGGUGCCGGAAACAACUGGGCCAAGGGCCACUACACCGAGGGAGCUGAGCUGGUCGACUCUGUUCUCGAUGUUGUGCGCAAGGAGGCCGAAAGCUGUGACUGCCUUCAGGGCUUCCAGCUCACACACUCCCUGGGUGGAGGCACUGGGUCUGGCAUGGGUACCCUCCUCAUCAGCAAGAUCCGUGAAGAGUAUCCCGACCGCAUCAUGAACACAUUCAGUGUAGUGCCCUCUCCUAAAGUGUCUGACACAGUUGUUGAGCCCUACAAUGCUACGCUGUCUGUCCACCAGCUGGUAGAGAACACAGAUGAGACUUACUGCAUCGAUAACGAAGCCCUGUAUGACAUCUGCUUCCGCACACUGAAGCUCACAACUCCCUCGUAUGGUGACCUGAACCACCUAGUCUCUGCCACCAUGAGCGGUGUUACCACCUGCCUCAGGUUCCCUGGCCAGCUGAAUGCUGACCUGCGCAAACUGGCUGUCAACAUGGUGCCCUUCCCUCGUCUCCACUUUUUCAUGCCUGGCUUUGCCCCUCUUACCAGCAGGGGAAGCCAGCAGUACCGCUCCCUCACUGUGCCUGAGCUCACCCAGCAGAUGUUCGAUGCCAAGAACAUGAUGGCUGCGUGCGACCCACGCCACGGCCGCUACCUGACAGUCGCUGCCAUCUUCCGUGGCCGUAUGUCCAUGAAGGAGGUUGAUGAGCAGAUGCUGAAUGUGCAGAACAAGAACAGCAGCUACUUUGUGGAAUGGAUCCCCAACAACGUCAAGACCGCCGUCUGCGAUAUCCCACCCCGUGGCCUCAAGAUGGCAGCCACCUUCAUCGGCAACAGCACUGCCAUCCAAGAGCUGUUCAAGCGCAUCUCCGAGCAGUUCACAGCCAUGUUCAGGCGCAAGGCUUUCCUCCACUGGUACACCGGAGAGGGCAUGGAUGAGAUGGAGUUCACUGAAGCCGAAAGUAACAUGAAUGACCUCGUUUCUGAGUACCAGCAGUACCAGGAUGCCACGGCUGAGGAGGAGGGAGAGUUUGAGGAGGAAGGCGAGGAGGAGCUGGCAUAAAUCUGCUUGUAUAUGUCUGUGCCAAGGUGUAAUAUUUCUGUUCCACCUGAUAAAUGAAACCUCAGUUCAGUUUUCUCUGUUGUGUUGUGACCUAUGCUAUUCAUUCCUUUUCUGUACAGAAGAAAUGUCAAUAAAGUUCCCUUUUUU